AAUCUACAAGUCCUCCAUGAUCUUCUAUAGCACAUUACCGCAUUGAACCUCCCUACAAGCGGUCGGCUCCCUCAAUUCGGCAGCCUUCAUCGCGGCUUGGUGUUUGUGCACCAUUACGGAGCCUCUGCGGUUCAUUGGAUGAUGGAGAACUCAACUCACCGCGCACUUUUGCUGCCCGAGAUAGUCCACGACAUCUUGGUACAUGUCGACCAGAGAACCUUGGUUCACUUUACAUCGUUCGUCAACAGGUUGUUUAAUGUCGAAACCUCUGCUGUUCUCUGGCGCAACCCCUUCUUCGAUGUUCCGACAGUGCUGGACUCUGUUGAAGACAUAGAACGCGGACAGCAUCUUGCAAACAGAAUUCAGUCAAUGACACUUCGCAUGAACAUACUCAACGAAGACCAAUUUGACAACCUUAUGAGGUUCUCUUACCCAAGUCUUGAACACCUCAAAGUGGUCGAUCUAGAACGCUCAGAGGAACCAGUCAAUAUCGAACGACUUUUCGAGAAAAUUCCAAACCUGCUUUAUUACAAAGAUUCAAACCCGACCGGAGCUACAUUAAGUAUGCUUGAGCAUUGUUGCCCUAAGCUUACCAGAAUUGAACUCGACGAGCGUGACAAGAUGACUCUAGACAGCACCUUAUCAAUUUUCCACAGUCAUCCACACCUGCAAUUCAUCUCCCUUAGGACCCCCUGGUUGGAAGCAGACCAAGCGGACUUUCUUCUGCGCAACAUUAUGCAGUACACAAAUCCAAUCGAACUGACUGUUGGCCGCGGACCCGUCACGGUCGAAACUGCCAAAUGGCUGAGAGACAGAGAAGGUAUCGAUAAGAUAUGCCGACUGAGCACGAAAGCUGGCUUCCGUGUAAUGAUGCUUCUGCUACCAGCUAUGGUCUCAUUGACGGAUCUCACGAUUCGCGUCUUUGGUCAAUUUGAUGUGGUCGAACUUUUUUGGGCUCUCGCUACUCAUCAAAAACUGCGAAGGCUAACUCUGAACAACGUAUUACUCGAAAGUCACUUGCAAAGAAUGGUCCAUGAUUCUCUUGUGCUCUCGAUGAUUCAGAAACUGGAGCAUCUAGAUCUGGAAGUGACUUCUGGAGCAGCUUCCACACUACCCUCAAUCUUCCAGACUCGUGGUCAAUCCCUCAGGAGCCUGUCUCUCACAAUAUCGUAUGAGGAUCGAGAAACUGGGGAUGCACAUAUCAUACAGUUCUACAAAGGAUUGGCUGAAAUGAAUCCAUCAGGACUGCAAAAACUUACCAUACAACAACCGCGGCAAUCGACCGUUAACUGGAAUGAAUUAGCCAAUUGUGUUACUAGCCUUCCAAGCCUCAAAAGCUUGGUGAUCCAUCUGGGGUGGCUGCCUCGAGCAUCUGUCGUACCAGAUACUAUGUGGCGCGCCUUGGGCAGCAAUAAAUUAGUAGAACACAUCUGGCUCGACCAUGCAAGACUGAACAUCGACCUUUGGACGAACAUAAACACUCCUCUAUUCCCCGAGCUUCUCUUCCUCAGAAUUGACAGUUUCUCCUCGACCAGCGAGGCGGAUGGUUGUUCGCAUGCAGAGGUGGUGAUGCGUCAUUGUCCAAAUCUGCGCGCUUUACGAUGCAACGGCAUCUCGGAAUAUUCGACAGCUAUUCGCCGUAUGAUAUCCGAGCGCGAUGCAAGACCUCAGUGUUAUCAAAUUUGGGACGAAGAUUAUACUUAGACUUGACCUCGAGAGACCGAGACCAUAAACAUGGUAAAAGGGUCGUGGAGUGCUAUGGUAUACUGUCUAUGGAAAGCUGCUCAGCUAUUUGCUGAUUCUGUAGGAUGUCAACGCGACCCACGGGAAAGGUCUAGA